AUGCAGAACAGUCACAGUGGAGUGAAUCAGCUCGGUGGUGUAUUUGUCAACGGGCGGCCACUGCCGGAUUCCACCCGCCAGAAGAUCGUGGAACUAGCUCACAGCGGGGCCCGGCCGUGUGACAUUUCCCGAAUUCUGCAGGUGAUCCUCGCUACGCCUCCCCACUUGCUUCCAAAGGCCACCGCUCUGAACGCAUUCUCUCCAUCUUUUACCACCCAUGCAGAUGCAAAAGUCCAAGUGCUGGACAAUCAAAACGUAUCCAAUGGAUGUGUGAGUAAGAUUCUGGGCAGGUAUUACGAGACCGGCUCCAUAAGGCCCAGAGCCAUCGGAGGUAGCAAACCCAGGGUAGCGACUCCCGAAGUUGUCAGCAAAAUAGCCCAGUAUAAGCGAGAGUGCCCAUCCAUCUUUGCUUGGGAAAUCCGAGACAGAUUACUGUCAGAGGGGGUCUGUACCAACGACAACAUACCCAGCGUAUCAUCAAUAAACAGAGUUCUACGCAACCUGGCUAGCGAAAAGCAACAGAUGGGCGCAGACGGCAUGUAUGAUAAACUAAGAAUGCUGAACGGGCAGACAGGAAGCUGGGGCACCCGCCCAGGGUGGUAUCCGGGGACCUCUGUACCAGGGCAACCUACACCAGAUGGCUGCCAGCAACAGGAAGGAGGGGGGGAGAACACUAAUUCCAUCAGCUCAAAUGGAGAAGAUUCAGAUGAAGCCCAAAUGAGACUUCAGCUGAAGCGAAAAUUGCAAAGAAAUAGGACAUCCUUUACCCAGGAGCAAAUUGAAGCUCUGGAGAAAGAGUUUGAAAGAACCCAUUACCCAGAUGUGUUUGCUAGAGAAAGACUAGCUGCCAAAAUAGACCUACCUGAAGCAAGAAUACAGGUAUGGUUUUCUAAUCGAAGAGCAAAGUGGAGAAGGGAAGAAAAACUGAGGAACCAGAGAAGGCAGGCUAGCAACACACCCAGUCACAUACCUAUCAGCAGUAGUUUCAGUACCAGCGUCUAUCAGCCAAUCCCACAACCCACCACUCCUGUCUCCUCCUUCACAUCAGGCUCUAUGUUGGGUCGGACGGACACAGCCCUAACAAAUACAUACAGUGCUUUGCCUCCCAUGCCCAGCUUCACGAUGGCAAACAACCUGCCUAUGCAACCCCCUGUCCCCAGCCAGACCUCCUCUUACUCUUGCAUGUUGCCCACCAGUCCGUCAGUGAAUGGGAGGAGUUAUGAUACUUACACCCCUCCGCACAUGCAGACACACAUGAACAGUCAGCCAAUGGGCACUUCUGGUACCACUUCAACAGGCCUCAUUUCUCCUGGAGUGUCAGUCCCAGUUCAAGUUCCUGGAAGUGAACCUGAUAUGUCUCAAUACUGGCCACGAUUACAAUAA